CGGGAGCGGGGGCAGAAAGCUUGAGAAGAGAUGGAAUUUUAACUGUGGUGAUUGCAUUCAGCUCCACUGGAGAGCAGCAGAGCCUUGCACUUAAUUUUCUCUUAUUUGGAAUUGUUCUAAGGCAGGAACUGUGCUUUAAAUACAUGUGCUGCCUUGUCUCUUCAUGCACUGAGCCAGUGAGUCUGCGCAGGAAUGACAAAGAAGAAAACACUCCAGCCCUGUAUAUUGGAUUUAUUGUGAGUCUUGUUUAGACAUCGUCAUCCUCCCAAGCUGGUAUUUAAAGUGCUUUGAAAUAGCUGCUCCAGAGGAAAUCUAUGUCAGAAUCCAAGGGACCUCUGGACCAGUCACAAUAGGAGGUUUCUGCCACUACUUCCCAGUCAAACUCACUUCAACUUCCAACAGGGUCAUCUGCUGUGAUCCCCCAUCACCCCAGCAGCAAACAGGUUCUGCUCUCACAUGUCCUGAUGGAUUAACGUGCACUGUGCACCAGGAUCAACCAAAGCUUCAUAUUUCUGUGGUUCUGGUGUGCCAGGCCAUUGGGUCCACACACCCAAAAGACACAAUUCUCCCAUGCCUCUAACCCCCCCCUCCACCAAGUAAAUUGAGUCGUAAUUACCAGGGAAGGAAAUCAGCCCUCGGAUCACUCCGUGUUUAGAAGAGUUUAACUGGCACUUUCCCAGAGGAAGAAAUUUUUGUGAAAGUUUAAUUCUAUAGUGGUUUGUAUCUUAAAACACAACAGAAAUCAAGAUAAAGACAUUCACAAGCUUGUGAAUGAUCAAUGAUAGCAGCACUCAGCUAAAUGAAGAGUAGGAUAUCCUGGAGCAACAAAGCAUUUCAGAGUUAGGACUCUGGUUACAAGGAGCAAGAGGGACACAGCAUAAAUUAUGAGUUUUGAUGAGAACCCCAAGUAUUCUGGGUGAUACAAACAGAGGCUGUGAGCUGAGACCAGUCUAAAGCUGGGGCCAAACCAGCAAAGCUGGAGCUGUGUUAAAUUCUCCUUAAGUCUGGAGACAUUCACAGUCAGUUCUUUGUCUCAGGCCUGUUUUAAAAAUCUCUACUGGUUUUAAGUAAUGUGGAAGUGGUUUGAGCUCAGCAGUUACACUUCGUUCACUCACUGAGAACUUUGGAGGUGUUUACUUCUCUCCCGUGAUCAGUCCAUUUUUUGGAAAUGAUUUGUCUAGACUCUACUUCUUCACAUUUUAGAUAAACAUGUAAUUUCCAAUGUAAUUAAAUGAUCUUGGUAAAAUUUGCAACCAACAAAAGCUUAUUUAUACAGUAACAACUUGCUCUGCUAAUCAUGGAUUAAUCUCAAAAGUGGCAGAGUUAACCCUUAUUUAAUGAGGUUAAAAGACUUGGCACAGAUCACCGAACAGACCUUUGGUAAAGCUGGAAGUCGUGCUUGCCCACCUUCGGGCAAGUCCUAAGCUUUAAUCAUUAAAUUACGUAGAUUUAACAAGACUGUAAAUAGAUGUCCUAUUGCUGCUUUAAACUUGAUAUUUUUGUAAACAUCCUGUUUCUGGAGACCUUUCUUCUAUUGUUAUUUAUUAUUUUGCCAUAGUGAGGAUUACAGCACUAGAGUUUGUUUAAGUAGUAUGAAACAUCUUAAAUAAAUAUGUAUCAAAGCAAGAGAAUAAAUUGGAUUUGCAUUGUCAGGAGGCUACUCAGAAACUCUAAUUCCAAAAUAACCUCAAGGAGGACUUGCUAGAAUGUAUGACAUUGUGAUUUUUAAAACAUCAAAUCAGAGCUCUUGGAAAGUGUGUUGGAAAAAGACCCUGAAUACAAGAAAGCAAGUUGGUUGAACUGAUGUUUAGGUCAGAUCUGGAGUCUCUCGCCAGAACUAAAAGUACCACAUGGAUGUGUGAUGGAAUGUAGUGAAGACAAGGGAUCCCAAAUAAGGAAAUCCAUGUUACCAAAAAGCUGAACUUUUCCCUGUCAAGCAGCAAAGUCAUGCCUAGAGGAAAGCAAAAUCUUCAUUGUUUGCUUUCAAGAACAGCCAAGUGGAGCCCGGGAGGUUCAUCUCAGUUUGGAAGCAAAACCAGGACAAGCAUGGAUUUCCAUCCAGAUGCUUUAUCCUCAAUUCUCUUGAGGGCAAUAAAAUGGUCAAGGCAAAGCAGCUCAGUGAUAGAAGCCGCGAUCCAGCAGGCAAGGCUGAAAUGCUGGAAGGGCUGACCCGGCACCCCGCUCCGAGGGAAGAGGCGCAGGAUCAUGGCUGCAAUUGAUGAGCGCACCUUCAUUGCCAUCAAGCCCGACGGGGUCCAGAGGGGGCUGGUGGGGGAGAUCAUCAAACGCUUCGAGAAGAAAGGAUUCAAACUGGUAGCCAUGAAAUUAAUACAUGCCUCUGAGGACCUUCUGAGGGAACACUACAUCGACCUCAAGGACCGGCCAUUCUACGAUGGCCUGGUGCAGUACAUGCACUCGGGACCUAUUGUAGCCAUGGUGUGGGAAGGUCUUAAUGUGAUUAAGACUGGAAGAAUGAUGCUGGGGGAAACCAAUCCAUUCGAUUCCAAGCCCGGCACUAUUCGUGGGGACUUCUGUGUCCAAGUUGGAAAGAACAUCAUUCACGGCAGUGAUUCUGUGGAAAGCGCUGAGACAGAGAUCAAUUUAUGGUUCACUCCUGAAGAACUGGUUGAUUAUAGAAGCUGUGCUCAUGAGUGGAUCUAUGAUUAACACCCAGCCUGGAUCUUCUGAUAUUCCCAUGUCCACGAGCAGCUGCCAGCCUCUAGCUAUUCCAAAGAAUUCCCUGGUAGAAACCUCAGAAUACAGUGAGUUUGCUCUGUUGUGGAUGUUAAAUAGAGCCAGUGCUUGCUGCUCCUUUGAUUUAAAAGCUGUCAAACUAUAGAUGAAUUGCACAUUUUAAAAUCUGCUUCUGGGAUUGAGAGAUAUGAGAUGAAAACAACAGAUAACAUAUUUUUCUGAAGCAUUUGAUAGUCACAGAGAGUGUUUUGGAAAACAAAAAAAUGGGUAAAAAUUUAUUUGGUAAAUAAAUACACAAAUGGCUCAGAGUCAGAGAUUAACUUUGCUAAAACAUUAGGGGACAACUGAUGGUGUGUAAAUGCAUUGAUAAUAUGCUCAAAUGUUGAGGAUUUACUUAAUAUCAAGUGUGUCCCCAUUCCUAAAACAGCUACAGAAAAAAAGCCCAUUUCUCUCCCCAGAACAUGCUGUGCUCAUAAAGAAUUCAACUCUGGCUAAAAUGACAACUGGCCUCCACACUGACACUGUUUCAACUUGCUUUUUUUUCCUUCCACGUGGGAUUUAUGUAGUAUUUUAAGGACAGAUUAACCAGCCAGGCUUGAUGAAAUGUCCUUUUAUGUGAAAAGAAGAUUAAUGUGAGGAUGGAUGAGGGAGAUUCUACCUUUAGCACUUCAGUGCAGGAGCUCUCUGAUACUGCACAGAGCAGUAAGUGGUGUUUGCUUUGCCAGCUGAACAGCUGAUAGUUUAGUUGUGUUCUCAUUAGUGUUGUUUCCUCAGUAGCUGCAACUACAAAGCAAAUGGUCCUCGGAUAAGUUGUUUCAGAAGUGACUUUAUCACUAUCAUUUUGUAUUUAUUUAAUGAUGUAAAGAAGUAGAGUCAUAACAAUGCAGAAGGUGUUUCAGUUUCAACAGCAAAACCUGGAUGUACUGGAUGAGGAAGUGUGGAUUGAUAAUAUGUAUUUAUUUCCCUGCAACAUUUUAUUCACUACGAGGAAGAGUUUCAUGGAAUCAGUUGCUCAAGCUCUACGAUUUUUUUUUCCACACAGUGAAUUCUUGCAUCUGAAUACUGAACUAUGCAGUGAAAGUUGAAAGCCUAUGAUACCUUAUGGUGGUAUCGAGCACCUAAUAAGAGAUGGCACAAAAUAAAACAAUAUUUGCUGCUUCUUAAGGGAAAUAAAAUGAAAUUGAAAAUA